CUUGAGCACGUUCAGGCUUCUUUUCAUACACCUUGACUUUGACCGUCACACUUCACCAUUCUGAUACUGCUUCACCAGCUUUGGUCUCACUAUAGCCAUGUCCAGUAGAAGUAGCCAUCACAGUGUACCAUUUUCGAAGAGCCCAUCGAGAACCACGCCUAGAUCCAGCAAGAAAGACCUGGAUAACAUGAAGAUGAUGCUUCAGAGUGUCACCACACCAAGCCAGACGCCAACGCCCGACCCAUCAAGCCGGAGCAACCGACGAACCAUUAUCUUAGGACGGGUGGGGGUUGUUCUGCUCGUGCUCAGCAGCUGCUAUCUCCUUUCCUAUUUCGUUCGAAAGUAUAUCUCGUCCAAGGAUAGUAAUUGUAAGAAUGAGGCAUGCACAAUCUACACGGAUCUCAUCGCAAACACCAUCAAUAGAGACCUCGAGCCGUGUCAAGAUUUCUACCAGUACGUCUGCGAUGGUUGGCUCAAGCGAAGGCAAAACAGCGAGCACCGGACCUACCCCGUUCUGCGAGAUAUCUUGGCUACAUUCCAGGAUGCUGUUGCCGGUAAAGCCUUGUUUAGGGGUACCUUCGACAGCAAGGACCAGACCCCUUAUCAGAAGGCUGCCCUCUUCUAUCAGUCCUGCACCAGCAAUGUCUUCUGGAACUCGGAGCUCCAAGAGAUGAAACGUCUUCUUCGAGCGGCUGGCAUUUCGUGGCCGCAUGCUGUCAGCGACGUGGACGUCCUCAAGCCCAUCCUCAUGCUUACGGUCAUCGCAAAUGCGAACGCGGUUUUCAUGUUGAACGUUGGGAAGCUGCACGGACGACCCGCCGUGAUGUUCGCACCCGAUCCGUGCUUCGAAGCACUGGCAAGAAGGUCCACCCACCCUCAGUACGCCAAAUUCUUCGACACCGUCGUGCACACCUUCAAGGACUCGAACGCGACGGUCUCCGCCUCGUUCAAAGAAACGCGGAACAUUCAACAGACCGUCGACCCCGAGAUGGUCAAGGCCUUCAGGAAUCCCGACACCACGAGCGAAGUCAGCACCGACGACCUGCACGAAUACACUCCCAUCAUCAACCAAACGCGCUGGAGCACAUCACUGCCCAGCUACCUCAAUUUACCUCAACAAGGGAUUACCCUCGUCAAAAUCCGAAACGUCCGCUUCUUCCGCGCCUUCUUCAACAUCACAGCUGACAUCGGCGAAGAUAAGAUGAUGACCUACGUGAGCACUUACGUCGCAGAAAGGUUUUAUCUUUUCCUGGAUCGGGAACCUUGUCAGCAGGAUUUUGCGAACAAAGGAGAUAAUACGGACGGUAUCGGCAGCCGCAGGUUCUGCAUCAUCGUUACCGACCUAUGCAUGGGAUACGCGCUUUAUCAACGUUACGUCGAUGAUUCUGCGACGCCAGACGUGGUCAGGGACGUUACGUCGAUGAUCGGCAACAUCCACCGUUCCUUGAACACGUCCCUGAUGAAAUCCAAGUUCCGCAACUACACUUUACCCGCUGAAGUAUCAGAAUCGGCCUUCGAGUUCGUGGAAAGGACCAGGACAGACUAUUUGGAGCAGACUUAUCGUAAUUAUUCGUCCAUGACCACGAACAUGAUGGUGAAUUGGAACGUGGCCUUCGCAGGACUCCGAGCUUCCAGUCAGGAGGACGUCGUGCCGCCGCCGUUCAUUGUGGACCACGUGCCUGUCCUGUACACUGUUCGAGCGCAUCAGGACGAUUUUGUGCUCUCGCCGUACUCGUUCGACAUCCCGGUGUACGACAUCAACGCUCCACUGGCCGUCCGCUACGGGGCGCUGGGUUCCGGGAUCGGAACGGCGCUGGGAGAGUUGUUGGUCCGGAGAUACGCAACGUGGGAGAACGAUACGUUAAUCGAGCUAGACGCCAAGGUGAAAUGUCUGUUCGGGGGGAACAGUACGAUAGGUACGCUAUCUCGUGCCGAUUUGAAACGGCUGUACCGCGUCUUCAUUCUGGAUCCCUUGUGGAAUGCGUACGAAAGCGCCCAACUGCGUUCGAGUGCCUCCAUGGCGCACCUGGCGGACUUCACGCGUCAGAUGUUGUUCUUUGUAAUGUGGUGCUAUUUGCACUGCGGAUCGGAGCACGGAAGGGAUGAUUGUAAUUUGCCCCUGAAACAUUCCUCAAAUUUUGCCGAUACUUUCCGCUGUAAGACGGAUAGCCCGAUGGCUGUCCGUAAUAAAUGUGAAAUGUUUACGUAA